UUUGGCGCCACUGUGUCAAACAUGUCUUCAGGUUUCCAAGGAAAAUGUCGGAAGUUAUAUAUCGGUGGUUUAGUAGAAAAUGUCCUCAAAGACGACUUAGUCCGCGAGUUGUCUAAGUGUGGUGAAGUAGUUGAUGUGUGGGUUGCCAGAAACCCACCAGGAUUCGCGUUCGCUGAAUAUGUAAAGUCAUCGGAUGCCGAGAAAGCAGUAAGAUCUCUUAAUGGUAUCAACGUUUGUGGCUCAAGAAUCAGAGUCGAGUUCGCGCACGGUGGUCGUACUAAAAGCGGUAAGCACUGUUUUAAACGUAUUCGAAAGAUGGACUACGAAUUACUUGUACAACGUAACACGGCUUCGUCUUCAUUUAAAUUCAGCUAUCGGGUCAGCUUUUCAUGGUGGUCGGUCAAGUGGCAGGGGCUCAUUUAGGCGUCGAAGUUCUCCUCGUCACAGUAAUAGGGAUUCGUCAUACAACGGUCACCGUCAUGCUGAUUACGAUCAAUUUUCUUCCUUUCACUCUUCAGAAAUAGCCAGCGCUGUUACUGCGUCGGGCUACCCCUACGGGGUAUCAGGCUAUCAGUCCGUGCUGCCAUUUCUCCCAUCUACGGAAUUCAUACGAUCCCUACAAAGUCAGUCACGUCGUCGGUCAUCUCCUGGGAGAAUCCAGUUUCCAGUGAACCAAAGAGGACAUUCUCCAAUAUCACGACGAAGGAGUCGAAGUCCACUAGGUGUUCCAGUGGGAAGACCACGAGGUCGAAGCCCGUUGGAAUAUAACGGUAGGAGUAUGAGUCGCCACCUCGACAUGCGCGGCCGUGGAGGCUACAGUGACUUUUCACGCUCUCGAAUACCCAGGGGGCCUCGCACAACCUAUUCACCGCCUUUCGUUAGAGAAAUAAAUGGUAGACAUGAUGAAUCACGUGGACGAAGGGGUCGAGACGAUCGUCGCCGACGUUGAAAAAUGCUACUGGAUUCCAAGACAAAA